CUUCGUCGUCGAAAAAAAAAAGAGCGACUCUAGAGAGAGAAAGAGAGAGAUUUUUUUUUUUUUUUUUUUUGGGUGCUACAAAAGAUCCCAACGAUGCCUCGCGAUCCCAAUUCUCUCGAGGAGGACAACGUGAACCCCUUCGCGGAUCCAAAGAAGAAGCAGAAGGAUCUUGUAGCCUGGGAAGAGAAUUUAAAGAGAAGGGAAAGGGAAAUAAAACAAAGGGAGGAAGCAUUAACUAGAGCUGGCGUCACCAUUGAAGAGAAAAAUUGGCCCCCGGUUUUUCCUAUUAUUCAUCAUGACAUAUCUAAGGAAAUACCAAUACAUGCGCAGAAAUUGCAGUAUCUGGCAUUUGCAAGUUGGCUAGGAAUUGUUCUUUGCCUUGCAUGGAAUGUUGUUGCUGUGACUAUUUGCUGGAUUAGAGGAGGAGGUGUUAAGAUUUUCUUCCUUGCAAUUAUCUAUGCUUUGCUUGGAUGUCCACUCUCAUAUGUUCUUUGGUAUAGGCCUUUGUAUCGAGCCAUGCGAACUGAUAGCGCUCUGAAGUUUGGUUGGUUUUUCCUUUUCUACAUGAUUCACAUAUGCUUCUGCAUCCUUGCUGCAAUUGCUCCACCAAUUGUAUUUCACGGGAAGUCCCUUACGGGAAUCCUCGCAGCGAUUGACACGUUCUCCGACCAUGUGUUGGUGGGGAUUUUCUACCUGAUAGGGUUUGCAUUCUUCUGCCUCGAAACACUCAUCAGCUUGUGGGUACUCCAGAAAGUGUACAUGUACUUCAGAGGGCAAAAGUGAGAACAUCCGCAAAAAAUCGAGGCCGCCACCGGAGAAGAGCUCGAGAUAGAUCCGAUAUUUUGCAGGUUAAAAUCGCGUGGAGUUUGUCGUCUGCUAUUAUUCUUUAUCAUUUUCUUGGGGGGAUCAUAGAUCUGAUUGUAAUGAAUGACCAAGUAGUAUUAGGGUUUGGUGAGUGGAUAUAUUCUUUAUCUUUGGUGCUGUGUCUUAGAUGCGUUCUGUAUGGGCGGUGCAUGGAAAUUAUCGUUUGAUUCAAAUGUAUUGUAUCGGUUUAUUUGGUUGCUGUUG